AGGGAGGGGAGAAUAAUGAAUGAAUAUUUUUAUUUCAGAGGAUGUUUACAUUUAUAGAAAACGAUAAUUGACAGAAAUGGGGAUAAAAUAUUUGAGAGAAGUAAUUAGAAUAACAGAUUUGAGUGAUUUGUGUAAGUUAGAUCAUUCUAUACAUAUUGACAUUCCUCAAGUGUAAAUAUACUUUAAUUUCUUGUACAGAAUUUAAGGAUGGAACAAACAUAAACUAAUUUGAGUUUAAAUUUUAAAAUCCGGGGGAAAACUUGCGAAUUGGUUUAGAACCCAUAACCGAAGAUAACCGAAAAUCAGAAAGAUCGGUUCGGUUAGGCAUGCUCACGCAACUAUCAACCAACCAGGAUCCGUUUGAAAAUCGGAAUCGAGGGACAAGGAAGUGUAGAAGGAAGAAGAUGGGUCUAGUGGGGAAGGGAUUCGCGAUCGUAGCGGCGGAUACAUCGGCGGUUCACAGCAUCAUGCUCCACAAAAACAACGAGGACAAGAUCAUGCUUCUCGACUCUCACAAGCUCGUUGCUGCCAGCGGCGAGCCAGGCGACCUGAUUAGUUUCGAAUUUGGGGGUUUGAUUAGGGUGGAGUACGUUCAGAAGAACGUGUCCUUGUACAAGUUCCGCAACGGCAUCCCUUUGACCACCGCCGCCGCCGCCAACUUCACUCGCGGCGAGCUCGCCACUGCUUUGAGAAAGAAUCCGUAUUCCGUGAAUAUCCUGAUGGCUGGCUACGACAAUGAGAGUGGCGCAUCCCUUUACUACAUCGACUACAUUGCAACCCUUCACAAAGUUGACAAGGGAGCUUUCGGUUACGGCUCCUACUUCUCCCUCUCCACCAUGGACUGGCAUUAUCGCAGCGACAUGUCUGUUGAAGAAGCCAUCGAACUGGUCGACAAAUGCAUACUUGAGAUCCGAUCAAGACUGGUCGUUGCGCCUCCAAACUUUGUUAUCAAGAUUGUUGACAAAGACGGAGCUCGUGACUACGCUUGGCUUCAGGACGUCACAACUGCUGCUGUCUGAGUUAGUUUGAUUUAUGCUGUGUGGUGACAUUUGCUUUUGUUGGGAGACUGUUUUUGACUUCUUUAUUUAGUUCAAAAAUCAACAUUGAAGAUCAAGCAAAUGAUGUAUUUCUUCAGAAUCUCACCCAAAACAAUGACAAUAUCUCAAAA